GCAGUGAGUGUGCCUCGCGUGUCUCUCCGGAAACCCACAACAAAUGUUUGCAUGGCUGAUGUUCAAGGCCUCACUCAGCCUGUGAUGAAGGGCGAGAGGGCUUGGCACAGUCACAAGUUAUUUUAGGAGGAUACUUUCAUUGGGGCGUCACCGGUGAUGGCGAGAUGGACCUUAUUUAAGGCAGCCGGGAGCAUCUACCGUGGGACAGAAGCAUCAGGGGAGUGAAUCAAGAUGCCAAACUGGGGAGGUGGUGCCAAGUGUGCGGCCUGUGAGAAGACAGUCUACCAUGCUGAGGAGAUCCAGUGCAACGGAAGGAGCUUCCACAAAACAUGCUUCAUCUGCAUGAGCUGCAGGAAAGGACUGGACAGCACCACAGUUGCAGCGCAUGAGUCCGAGAUUUACUGCAAGUCCUGCUACGGCAAGAAAUAUGGGCCAAAAGGUUACGGAUACGGACAAGGAGCUGGAGCCCUGAGCUCUGAUCCUGUUGGAGCGCAUGUGGACCUACAGUCUGAUGACUCUAAACCACGGCCGUCCUCCACAAACGCCACUUCUAAUAAGUUUUCCCAGAAGUUUGGAGGGUCUGACCGCUGCCCUCGCUGCUCCAAAGCUGUCUAUGCAGCAGAGAAGGUGAUGGGAGCAGGGAAGCCUUGGCAUAAAACAUGUUUCCGCUGUGCCAUUUGUGGUAAAAGUCUGGAGUCCACCACAGUAACAGACAAGGAUGGAGAACUAUACUGCAAAGUCUGCUAUGCCAAAAACUUUGGGCCAAAAGGGUUCGGACUGGGCAACGAGGCCAUGUUGGAGGCGCGAGAGUGAACAUUGGAAGAGCCUUAAUCUUUAUUACACCUUUGACACUGCUCUGGUUUGUUUGUAGUAAACCACAUUUGUACCAAAACAAAACGGAAAUUGUGUAUUCAUUUAUUAGUUAAAAAAAAAGUAGACUAGACUGUUUUAUUGUUUAUAUUUGCAUCCAAAAAUAUUUAAAAACAAAUGAAAUUACUGGCUGUAGACCAGGGGUGUCCAAAGUAUGGCCCCGACCACGUCACAUUAUUACCACAAACAAAAGGAUCAGCAAUAAAAAAAAUAGAGCAAAAGGUAAAAAAUAAAAUCUGAAAUAUUGAUACUGCACAACAUAAGUGAAUUACAUAACAUUUUUUGGCCUUUGCAUAAAAUGUUAAAAUAUCAAUGUGACCCGUCGUAACUUUGAUUUUUCAGUAUGUAGCCCCCAGUGGAAGAAGUUUGGACACCACAGCUGUAAAUAAGAGAAGUAGUGAGAACAGCCAGGCCUUCAACUAUUCUUUCUCAGUUGAUAUAUAAUGACGCUGUUAGCAUUGUUGGUUGCAUGCUUGCUUUGCAUUCAUUAACAGUCAGCAACAUGUGUGAAAAAUGUAUGAAUGAGUCCAAUGAAGUCUGUCAGUAGUGGAAUGAGGCUGAUAAAAUAA